AAGAAGAAGCUUCCUUCUUCUUCUUCUUCUUCCUUCUUAUUCUACUUUGUUUGUUUGAUAAAAUAAAAUGGGGUCUAUGUUGUCUAAACAGGUGCAAAGGAGAAAGGCAAUCAAGACGGAGAAGAAGACCCUUUGCGAGCUUCACGCUAGUUCCGGCGAGACGUUCCCCGGAAGCGAGUAUUGUCCGGCCAAUCGGAAGAAAUGGAUGGCCGGUCUUGGACCUGAAAAAGUUCACGUAAACAAGAUUGUAUGGCCGGGAACUCACGAUUCCGCCACCAACAAGAUCGGGAUCCCGUUCAUCACACGGCCAUUCGCUCAAUGUCAAUCCUUAUCCAUCUACGAACAGCUUGUUAUGGGGAACAGGGUGCUGGACAUUCGUGUCAACGAGAACCGUCUGGUCUGCCAUGGGAUCCUGACAACGUACAACGUCGAUGUCGUCAUCAACGACAUCAAGAAGUUCUUGUCCGAGACCGAGUCUGAGAUCAUUAUCCUCGAGAUCAGGACCGAGUUCGGCCACCAGGAUCCGCCGGAUUUCGAACGGUACUUACAGGAAAACCUCGGCGAGUUCUUGAUUCACCAGGACGAUCACGUGUUCGAGAAAACGAUAGCCGAAUUAUUGCCGAAGAGGAUCAUCUGUGUGUGGAAACCACGAAAGGCCCCUCGUCCGGACCCGGGGUCGGCGUUCUGGAACGCCACUCAUCUCAAAGACAACUGGAUCGACACGGACUUGCCGUCGACCAAGUUCGACAGCAACCUGAAGCACUUGAGCGAGCAACAGCCGGUGACAUCGAGGAAAUUCUUUUACAGGGUGGAGAACACGGUGACGCCGCAGCCGGAUAACCCCGUGGUAUGCGUCAGACCGGUGACCACACGGAUACAUGGAUAUGCUAGGAUGUUCAUUACUCAGUGCUUUGCGAAGGGUUGCGCCGAUCGGUUGCAGGUUUUCUCCACGGAUUUCAUCGACGCAGAUUUCGUCGAUGCCUGCGUCGGCCUCACACACGCCAGGGUUGAAGGGUUAUGUUUAUGAUGAAUUUGAUGAUAU